GCUUUUUUAUGUAUGAGCGGGUUGGCCAUUUCCCACAAGACCUAAAUCGGGUCGUCUAUCCACAGCCUUCCUCUAUCUCAUCUCGAAUUAGGGUGUCCAGAAGAGAGGACUGUUAGCGGGCGGCGGCAAUGAAGCUUGCGGAGAAUCCCGGUGAUGAAUGGAAGAAAUCUCCGUCCUCGAUGGGGAAAUCAACUCCAGAUUCGGAGAAAUCACCUUCAUCUGCAGGAAAAGUGUUACGAUCUGGGAGGAUCAUAUACGGGACUGAAAAGAAGAAAUCAUCUUCACCAGCAAUCGAGAAGAAGAAUAAGAAGAAGAAACAAUCGUGUUCACCUCCUCCGCUUGAAAUGGAGGAGAAAUCAUCUUCUUCUUCAGUCCUAUUAUCAUCAGAAGGAGGAGGAUCGGGAAAAGGAAAAGUCUCGGAGGAGGAGGAGGAGGUUUUGAAUUGGGACGACGACGAUGAUGAUGAUGAUACGAAUUCGCCUCCCCGUAAACCCAAGAGCAAAUCAUCAAAACUAUUAUCUGCAAUCGAUGAGAAUUACGAUUUGGAUUGGGAGUAUGAUUCGGAGGAGAAUCACGAGUUCGAGCCAUGGUGCACUGGCGCUGUGAAAAGGAAGGAUUGCCCUGCCUGGGUUGAUUACAAGAAGCAAAUCCACUACAGUCGGGGUUAUGAGGUGAGUAUUUAUCCGGGACUUUGUGCCGGAGCAAAAUUCAUGCCUUGGAAUUUCAAAGAGGACAAUGGAGAGACUGUCUACGAAGAAUUUCUUGAGAUGUGUGAUGAAUGCAUCCAAUCUUAUAACGCCAAGCACCAUUUUAAGGAGGGAGAAGGGUAUUUGUUCACUAUGGAAAAUGAUGACGUGAUAGAACAUGUGACCAGGAAAUUUGAGAUUGAUUACAACCUGUACUAUAUUACUUUCAAAGCUCGUCUUGUCCAGAAUCCCAAUGUUAUCCAUACCUUUCGAGCCAAGUAUUUCGUCGAUCGUGGGAUGCGCGAGGGUCUUCUGAGAUUUGUCAAGUUCUGUGAACGGAAAGACGUGCUUGAUGCCCAAUGGGCCAAGGAAGAAGAAGAAAAAGAUGUGUACCGCUGCUCCGAUCUUCCUUGCUGUCCGUCGCCAUACAUACGUAUGAAGAAGCGAGGUCUCCUCUGAGUCUUCUCCUAUGGUAUUAUUAGUGAAUCCAUGUGGAUAUUGGUGUUAUAGCAGUAGUAGCAGCAGCUUCAAGCAGCGUUUUAUCAAAACCAAUAAUGAUAACAGAAAACACAUUACUUUAUGCAGUCUUUUUCAUCUUUUAACACAAAAAAAACAUCCACAGCUGAUGAGGACAAAGUUUCAAAAUGAAUACAGAGGGAUUUUAUUUCAACAAGAGAGAAGCAGGAGUUAAGAUACAUCAAAUGUAUGUAUAUAUCUAAUCCUAUAUUGGUUACAACUUACAACAAACUGCCUCACACAUAGAAGCCCAAAAAACUUUAUAGAACAAAUUUCGAGCCAAUUCCGAUUCGGUUACCGAGACCAAAUGUUAGGCUAUAGGUAGGAAGGGCCUUUCUCCACACUAUCAUACCCUCCUGGAUUUUAUUCGGUUCCAGCAAUUUUCUUCUUCAAAGCUUCGAUAUCCGAUGCCAACUCUUUUCUACUUGACUGCAGUUCAAAGGGACACCCAACAGGAAGAUAUUGAUCAGGCGAAUAGUUCAUCAAGGACCCCUCCAAAUUAAUUAAGAAAACCUCUUUAACAAUUACUAUAGCUUUCGGAGCAAGUAGUGACUUAGAACUGCAAAACAUUACCUUGAAGAGAAGGUAUCGGUACACAAACCAUCCUGUAUAUCCCAGCCCUACCAACUCAAGUAUCUUGGGUAACUGCCAAACACAAAUACACCAUGUUCAGUUCAAUUGAAAUACUGCAUUAUCUUUCUAUAUUCAUUCAACACAGUAAUGGGAGGUACGGGAUUCGCGGCCACAAUUAAAGGAGACUUAUUGAGCGUGCAAAUGGUAAUUAAAAAUCAUCAUUUCUUGGGGAAAAAAAACAGGUAAGAAAUAGACCAACAAUCCAUCAAGAGGAAAUUAAAGCAAGUUUUCAUGAUUCGAAAACCACGUACCAAUGGGACUGAGUUGACUGCAC